AAACAAAAACCAGCCCGAAAAAAAACGCAACCAAAGCAAAGCUGAACAGAGCGAGUGGGAAACAAAAAGUGAUUCACUCAAAAUUGAAAUUGGAUUAACAUAACCCUUAUCAAAAUUCAUGUUCCCGCACAUGCAGGACGUGGCGUAGUCGAAUUGAUAUUUACUUACCAUCGUCAUCAUCCCUAGUCUACCCCUUAUCAUAAGGAGCAAAAACACACACACGCGCACAUACAAACAACAACUCCCACAUACUCUGGUACUGGGCCAUAAUAAAAAUCUAAUAGAAAUUAUAUAGUCCAUGGCAGGAUAAACAAGGACGUGUUAAACUCUUCACACCCAGAUACAACAACAACCAACAACGAACGAGACUACUUGGACGACCAUCCCACAUUAUUAUCAAAACACAUCGACAGAGGAAACAAGCCAAGUCAGAAUUCAAGUGUUUUUUUUUUUCUUUUUUGCGCCGAAAAUGUAAUGGAAGUGAGUGACGUACACAAAAAAUGGAUUUCAUCGGCCUUUUCAAGGCUGUUUUGUUUCUGUACGCAGUCAAAGUUCAACUCUACAUCACUGUCAAUGGAUUGGAUUUACAAGGUCCGGUAUUUUUGCACGAGCCAUCACAUCGCGUGGAGUUCUCCAACAAUUCGGGUGGACUUAUUGAGUGUUCCGGGCAUGGAAGUCCACCGCCGGAGGUGGAGUGGACACCCAUACCGCCACAACAGGACAUGGUGGUGCAGACAACAAAUGGCAGUCUGAUGUUCUAUCCAUUCACUGCUGAAAAGUUUCGCCAUGAGGUCCAUUCCAGCGUCUAUAGAUGUAAACUGAGAAACUUGGUGGGCACUGUACUCAGUCGUGAAGUCCAUGUAAAAGGCGUGGUCAAUCAAAAGUACACCGUACAAGUACACGAUGAAUAUGUUAUGGCAGGCAAUACGGCUGUCUUAAAAUGUCAGGUGCCCAGCUAUAUGUCGGAGUUCGUUAUGGUCACCGCUUGGAUCCAGGACACUGGCAUGCAUUUGUAUCCCAACACAGACAUAGGAGGCAAAUACACGGUACUCUCGAACGGCGAACUGUACAUCAACAAUGCCGGACCCAAUGAUGCAUACAAAAGUUAUACAUGUCGCACCGUAAAUCGAUUAACAGGAGAAGUGCAAGCGUCAACAUAUCCUGGGCGCAUAAUAGUGACAGAACCCAAAGGCAUGGUACAACCACGGAUCAAUGUCGAAAAACACUCAAUGCGUCAUGUUGUCCUUAAUGGCCAGACAACAUUACCAUGUAUAGCCCAAGGACAUCCGGUGCCCACCUACAGAUGGUUUAAGGAGGAAAAUGAGCAAUUGCUUCCCUUACAGCUAAGCGAUCGAAUAUCGAUAGUGUCUGCCGGCCUGCUGAAGAUUAGUAAGGCACGUCUUGACGAUACCGGUAAAUACCUGUGCUGGGUAAAUAACACCGCCGGAGAGGAAACCAUACAGGUCUCAUUAACGGUUACAGCACCAUUGACCGCCCAUCUUCAGCCACAAGUUCAAACAGUCGAUGUCGAUAAAGAUGCCCAAUUUCAGUGCAUUGUAACCGGUCAUCCGGUACACGAUGUUAAUUGGUUGCAUGAUGGAAAGCCCAUAUUAAGGGACAACCGAGUCGAGAUUCUUGCCGAUCCUCCGCGUCUAAUUAUUAAAAAAGUACAAAAAGAUGAUCCGGGCAUGUAUCAGUGUUUUGUAUCCAAUGAAUGGGAGCAGAUACAAUCCACAGCUGAGCUGCAACUGGGAGAUGCCUCACCAGAAUUGCUCUAUUGGUUUUCGGAGCAAACGUUACAACCAGGACCAACAGUUUCGUUAAAAUGUGUUGCUACGGGAAAUCCUCUACCGCAAUUUACAUGGACAUUGGAUGGGUUUCCGAUUCCAGACCAUUCUCGGUUUUUGGUUGGCCAAUAUGUGACAAUUCACGACGAUGUCAUCAGCCACGUGAACAUCACAAAUGUCAAGGAGGAGGAUGGUGGCGAAUAUACCUGUACAGCACAGAACGCCAUUGGCAAAGUCUCACACAGUGCUAAAGUGAAUAUUUACGGUUUGCCGCAUAUUCGUGAAAUGCCAAAAAUAACUGGAAUAUCGGGUCACGAUUUAAUUGUUAAAUGUCCUGUAGCCGGUUAUCCAAUCGACAAGAUACACUGGGAAAGAGAUGGCCAAACCUUGCCAAUAAAUCGCCGCCAAAGGGCCUACAACAAUGGCACAUUAAUCAUUGAACAACUGCAGAGACUGGAGGAUGCGGGCACCUAUACAUGCAUGGCGCAGAAUAAACAAAAGCAAACUUCGCGAAGGAAUGUGGAAAUUCAAGUCUUAGUGCCGCCAAAAAUAAUGCCCAUUCAAGCAAUGACCAAUAUGCUGAGAGAGGGUAUGCGGGCAGCAAUAUCAUGCCAAAUACUGGAGGGUGAUUUACCAGUCAGCUUUAGAUGGGAGCGCAAUGGAAAACCUUUAAUCGGAACUGGCAAUGAAGUUGUACGACGCUUGGAUGAAUACUCGGCAAGUUUGGUCAUUGAACACAUCACCUCAGAACAUUCGGGCAAUUAUACUUGCAUUGCUCAAAAUGUGGCUGGCACCGAACGCUUUGCUGUGCCACUUACCGUCAAUGUGCCACCGAAAUGGAUAUUGGAGCCAAAGGAUUCCAGUGCCCAAGCUGGGGAUGAUGUGCAUCUGCACUGUCAAUCCUCGGGCUACCCAAAGCCCACAAUUACCUGGAAAAAAGCCAUAGGUCCCACACCGGGUGAAUACAAGGAUUUCAUUUAUGAGCCCACCGUGCAAUCAUUUGCCAAUGGCACAAUCCUCUUUAAAAAAAUCACCAAAGAAUCUCAGGGACACUUUCUGUGCGAGGCCAAAAACAGCAUUGGCUCUGGCGUAAGCAAAGUGAUAUUCCUCAAAGUAAAUGUUCCAGCACAUUUUCAAACAAAAACCAAACAAAUCUCAGUGGCCAAAGGAAAACAAGUUCAUAUACAAUGCAACGUGCAGGGAGACAACCCCAUUGAUAUUCAUUGGAAGUUGCAGGCCACUCAACAGACCAUCGAUGAGUCGAUGGACACCAGAUACACAAUACGUGAUCAGAUACUUGACGAUGGAAUGGUUUCGGAAUUAGGCAUAACCCACACAUAUCGACAGGAUACAGGCAUUUACGUGUGUCAUGCAACGAAUACUUUUGGAGAGGAUGAAAUGACGAUACAAUUAAUUGUACAGGAAGUUCCGGAGCAACCAAAAAAUCUACGCAUCAAUUCACAGCAAUCGAGAAGCCUUCAGCUGACUUGGAGUCAGCCGUUCGCAGGCAACAGUCCCAUCGAAGAAUAUCACAUUUUCUAUAAACAAAUAUCGGACAUUUGGCAAAAUGCCGAACACAUCACCAUUACAGGCUCCCAGACAGUUGUCAACAUAGCCAAUUUGAAGCCGGCCAAAGCCUAUCACUUACGUAUGUCAGCAGAAAAUAAAUUGGGUUCGUCCGAGUUCUCGGAGGUGGUGCAGGUGACAACACUGGAGGAAGUGCCCUCAGCACCACCUCUCAAUGUGCGCGCAGAGGCCAAGAGUUCCACCGAGAUAAGUGUUGUCUGGGAUGCCCCAGAACGUGACCACUGGAAUGGCAUACUGUUGGGCUACUAUGUGGGCUAUCAGAUGUCGCUGAUGCCUGAGGCACUGGAAAUCAAUCCCACAUUGGGUUUCAGUUUUAAAACGGUCGAGGUACGCUCCCACUAUGGCGGUGAGACCGUUUUAAGUAAUCUCAACAAAUACACCGAGUACCAUAUAAUCGUACAAGCCUACACCAGCCAGGGCAGUGGUCCGCCCACCAAGGAAGUCAGUGUGCAGACCCUUGAGGAUGUUCCUUCGUCACCACCCGAGAGCCCCCAGUGUGAUGUUUUGAGCUCAACAUCCAUCUAUGUAACAUGGUCGCCGCCCGACGUUGAUGGUCAGAAUGGCAAAAUUAAAGGCUACAAAAUAUUUUACAUAUCAUCUGAAGACUUGUAUGAAAAAGAUCCCGAGGUUGUGAAAUCAAAUAAUCAAUACGCUACUCUAGAAAGUCUAAGUAAAUUUACAAAUUAUUCUGUCUGGGUAUUGGCCUAUACUAAAGUGGGUGAUGGAGUUAAGACUAAACCAUUUUACUGCCGAACUCACGAGGAUGUUCCUUCUGCACCACACUCAAUUAAAGCCAUACCGGCAUCAAGUACAAAAAUAAUCGUCUCAUGGUUGCCACCACAAUUUCCCAAUGGAGAUAUUAUUGGCUACACUUUCUACAUGUCCAUGCUGGAGGGUGGCCGCGAAGAGGGCACCCACAAACGCAUACUGGGUCCCUAUGUGGAAAUGCAUGAGACUCAACGUACCCAGGAAUCGGCCACCUAUCAAUUUUGGCUAACCGCCUCCACCAAAAUGGGUGAAGGUGAAAAGACCGAUGUGGUCACAGUGCCUCCCAAUAAUAAGGUACCUGCUCGUAUUGUCUCCUUUAGCCAGCGUGUGAUUACACCGUGGAAAGAGAAUCUAGAAUUGACUUGUCGCAAAGUGGGCUCUCCAGCCCCGGUAACCAUAUGGCGUUUGGAUGGCCAUAAUCUAGAGACAAGUGCCCGCAAAACUAUUGCCAAGAAUGGCACUUUGAAUAUUCGCGAGGUGCAAUCUGGCGAUGCUGGCAACUAUACUUGCAGUGUUGAGAAUACAUGGGGCAAAGAUGAAAUUGUCUAUAGUGUGGUGGUAAAGGUGCCACCGGAAGCCCCCAAUCUAACGGUGAUCAGUGCCUACUCGGAUAGCCUGCUGCUAGAGUGGUCGGAUAAUAAUAAUGGAGGAAGUCCCAUACUGGGCUAUGUCAUCAACUAUAAGCGAGACAAUGGCGACUGGGAGGAACUGCAGGUGGAUGCCAAAUCCUAUUCCCAUCUGCUAAGCAAUUUAUGGUGUGGCACUCGUUAUCAGUUGUACAUCACAGCCUUUAACAAAAUUGGCACCGGUUUGCCCUGUGACAUUGUCAAUACCCAUACCAAGGGCAAUCCUCCGGUUCAGCCCAAACACUCGCAAAUGAUAACGAAUAAUUCGACCAGUGUUACCUGUUGGCUAGACUCUUGGGGAGAUGGUGGUUGUGGAAUUUUGUAUUUUAUGAUUGAAUCCAGAAUGUAUGGAAGAUCAACCUGGACCGUAGUCUCCAAUCAUAUUCCAUCGACUGAACGUAUUUACACCGUUAGUGAUUUACAGCCUGGUACCAAGUAUCAACUUAAGGUUACGGCCCACAACAAUGCUGGCUCCACCACAGCAAUGUAUAAUUUCACCACUUUGUCAACACAAGGAGGAGGAUUUAUCUACAACACAGAUUCAAAUGCCAUGCCAACUAUAACUGAUAGUCCGUUUUAUGCCAAUUUUAAAGUCCUACUUCCUGUAUGCAUUUCCCUGUUUAUGCUGCUGGGCUUAGUAGCAGCCGUACUUAUUAUAAGAAAGAAAAAAAUCAGCAACCAAACUCGUUUGGCCUCAUCAUCCAUGUCGGAGACUCCGUCUUUGACCCAAUUACAAAAUAAACAAAAUCGUGAUCAACAAUAUCUGGCGGUACGUUGCAAUCCCAAUGUAGGACCGCCACGCACAUCGAACUCCAACGAUUCGGGAAGUUUUGGCAAAGCCGAAAGUAACGAAUACAUCGAAGAUAUCUGUCCCUAUGCCACAUUCCAGCUAAAUAAGCAGCCCUACAGUGAGAGUUCGUACAGUGGCAAUGUAUACAGUGGUCCCUAUCACUCAGUGCGAGGAUCAUUUGUCUAUCAUGAUGUUAAACCAGACAGUUAUCAUACAAAAGAACCUGAAUACACCAAAGUGCGACGAAAGGUAGGGCGACUAAGGGAUCCGCACUCAGAAAGUCAAGAAUCGGAUAAUCCAGGCUCGACAGAUUCCGAAGUUAGGAAAAUCCUAACGCUUCACAUACCAAUUACAGAAUAUGACACACUCGGUUCUGAAUCGGACAACGAUGUCUCAGCGCGAGCCAUGAACUCGGCCAAAUAUCGACCAGCCCGAGAAACUCAAGAUGAAUCAUCAUCCUCAUCGGAUGCCACCCCAACCAGUCUUAGCAGGAAAUUGAAGCCACCCUACACGAAUCGUAAAGCACCAAAGACCGGCACAACGAGUAAAAGGCAUAUCCGUUCAUCCAGUGGAUAUUCGAGUAAUCAUGAUGAGACUACAUUUAGCAUUGCGAAUUUUCCACCAAACUACCAGGACCACAUAAAUCCACCAGCACGCUUCUCCGAUGAGAAGGCGGCAGCCAAAUCACAGACUUCACCACGAGUGCGAUCCAAUAACAAACUGCAGCGUGAGACUUUUCAAAUAAAUGUCUAAUAGUAGCCAAUAAGACGUUCGUCCAAUCAACUGCUCCAAGCCAUGUCCUUGUCCUCGUCGUUGGAAAGCACAGAUUUUAUGGCACAGCCCCGAGGGGAAGGCAAACAACGAACGUCAUUGAACAUAUGAUUGUGACGAACAUAAGCACAAUGUCCAGCCAUCGAUGAUGAGCUAUUGAUCGAUGAGCAUUGCGCAGGAUGUGUCUACCAGUUUAUUGAGUAUUUGUAAAUGUUUAAUGUAAUCAUAAUGAAUUUGUAAAAUGUUAUACAAAUGAUAUUGACUAAUUAUUAACAAUACUAAUAUCCAUAUUGUAUUUGUAUAUAAAAAAAAAAAAAAUAACUUACAUAUACAUACCCAUUCCGUAUAUAUCUACCCAUACAACUAAAGAUGUAUUUAAAAAAAGAAAAAAAUUCUUAUAUACAAAUUUAAGUAUGUAGUCAAAAAAUUUAGCAUAAUUCUUUAUUAAAAUAUGCAUGAAUCCAAUGGUUCUACUCACCACACUUCCACACACUUCACAACAACAACAAAAAAAAAACUACAUUCUAAAAUUCGUCAUGGAAUUUGGAACACAUUUUGCCGCAGGAUUGUGACAAGUAAGUCGGAAAACUCAUUAAUUUCAAGUAUAUUCACAUCAUCCUCUCUUUACUGUAACUUCCUUGUGAUCAGGGAUCCAAUAUAUGGUCACUCUGUGUUGCAAUAUAUGGUCACUCUGUGCAUUCGUGGCAUAACGCUUUGGAUCCCAUGCUUGGCUGUCACUUAGUACGCAGACAUCCGACCAUUUGAUGUUCCUUGAAACCGCCAUCUCUCCAGUCCAGGCAAUCGCAAAGACUUCCGCCUGGAAGUUACUGCUCUAUGCAUUCGUGGCAUAACGCUUUGGAUCCCUUGCUUGGCUGUCACUUAGUACGCAAACAUCCGACCAUUUGAUGUUCCUUGAAACCGCCAUCUCUCCAGUCCAGGCAAUCGCAAAGACUUCUGCCUGAGAGUUGCUGCUCUGUGCAUUCGUGGCAUAACGUUUUGGAUCCCAUGCUUGGCUGUCACUUAAUACGCAGACAUCGUACCAUGUGAUGUUACUUGAAACCGCCAUCUCUCCAGCUCAGGCAAUCACAAAGACUUCCGCCUGAAAGCUGCUGCUCUGUGCAUUCGUGGCAUAACGCUUUGGAUCUCAUGCUUGACUUUCACUUAAAAAGCAGACAUCCGAACAUUUGAUGUUCCUUGAAACCGUCAUCUCCCCAGCCCUGGCAAUCGCAAUGACUUCCGCCUGGAAGUUGCUGCGAUCACACCUCAUACAACGAAAGACAUCGAAGUAUAAUUCUGCGCAGUGUAUACCACAUUCGAUUCCACUAUGUGUAAAAAUGCGUAGGAAAUUUUGUAGAAGUGCCAGCUGCAGAAGUUGGUUUCCCAAAGAAAUGAUCAUCAAUAGCAGCAACUCAUAUUUACUCUCAAUUCAUGAUUCGGAAUAUAAACGAAGUUAUGAGCAGAAAUGGAGAGGAAUUACGAUACGAAGGACUUGAGGAUGCGUAAGUGGAUUUUUUUCUCUCUCUCUUAUCAUUUGACCAUACGAUUAAUUUAAAAUCUCAAAUAUAUAAACGAAAAUUUUAUUGGUUCGUAGCUACAACACAAGUGUGCCAGCCUUCUGGCGUGCUUCUUCAUUGUAGCCAUUCAACUUAACAUAACGAAGUUUAAGACAACAACAAUAAUAAUCUUUAUUGUUGUUGUAGCAGUGUGUUGUGUUCUAUCUUUCGUCUGCUUGAUUCUGUUGAGCAUCCACAUGCAGAAACUCUGUGACUAAGAUGAGGUGCGUCCAGAGGGAUCAGGGCCUGAGUCGCAUAUGUCUGACUGCACAGUGAAACAGGUGACGUUUGUCGUGUGGUCCCUGCACACAUACAUCCUGCAUGUCGGCAUCAAUUCUUGCUUUGUAGGAGUUCAGGGCGGCUGCAUCUGCCCGAAGGUAAUUGGGCUAGAAAUACUCUGGUUUGGGCGAGGGAGGUCAAUUUCUCCAAAUGCAAUGGGAGGCGGUCGUUUUGCAAGGACCACCUUUACCCCAUCUGCUACUGUGUCUGCAUGAAUGUUGUCUAGAACCGCAUGAUAUGCCGCUUGAUCUAGAGGUUCUCUCUUAUAGCGCUGAACCUCACGCUCUAGAUGUUGACCUAAGUUAAGGCUUCUGGGCGGUGAAUAUCUAUCCACAAGAUGUUGAUAUGGAUGAUCCCUGCGAUAACAGCCCACAAGGUAUUGCUUAAACAUCAUGCAAAGGGUGUUUUUUUAGCUAUUAACUUUUUGACAGCUCACGCAGUUGUUUCACAACUUCAACUACUGUGUCUGCAUGAAUGUUGUCUAGACCCACUUGAUAUGCCGCUUGAUCUAGAGGUUCUCUCUUAUAGCGCUGAACCUCACGCUCUAGAUGUAGACCUAAGUUAAGGCAUCGGGAUGACAGCAGUAGUGAGCGAUGACUUUGCUAAGCUCUCAACCAGACCGAGAAAGCGAUCCGGUCCACGACGAAGAAGACAGAGGAGUAUGUACCGGCAGCGUAAUCGGGCGAAAGUGCAGAAUGCUGGAAGGGAUAGAACUGACAUGCCAAGCACUUCUACGGAAGCUGAAAAGAGAAUCAGAUCUCCCGAAGAGCAUAAAACUGCUAAAAUACUAAGGAAGAAAAAGAGCUCCCCACUUUCAAGUACUGUGGGAAGACCAAGGCAGCCAUCCCACAAUGGAGACUCCAGACAGUGUCCUGGUGAGGUAGACAAAGUUGCAACAGAAACGGCCAUCAUAGAAGGGGAAGAUGGUCGCUGAGAAUGGUAAGGAGCCACCCUCUUACGCCAGAGUGAUAAGCAAGCACAUCCAGAAAAAUUCACAGAAAAAGUCACACUUUGGUGCGGUUUAUGGGCUGGUGGCUUCAUUGGACCAUACUUCUUCAAAGAUGAUAAGAAUAGUAACGUAACUGUGGUAUGAUAUCCAACUUUUUUUUUGACCAAAAUUCAAGAGCUUGACUUGCAUGAUAUGUGGUUUCAUGAUUGUGGUGCUACAAGCCACCCGGCACGUGGAAAAAUGAACUUAUUGAGAGGCGAGUUCGGUGAAUAUUUUAUUUCACGUUCGGGACGGGUCAAUUGGCCGCCUAGAUCGUGCGAUUUAACGCCUUAAGACUCUCUUUUUUUUUUGGGGAGGGGGGGGGACUAUGUUAAAGCUCAUGUCUAUACAGACAAACUCGCAUCAACUGACGCAUUGGAGGAGGCAAUUUAUUCGUGAGACCCCGACCGAAAUGUUGGGAAGAGUAUGCCAAAAUUGGACUAAGCGGACGGAUUUGUAUGAAACAGUCAAGUCAACAUUUGUAUGAAAUAACCUUCAAGCAUUAAAAUAUAUGGACCGUACUUACUUAACAUACUUUAAUUGGCUAUGACAGAACAUUUGUUCCACUAACCGAACGUAGAAUAGCGUUCCAAGCGCCUCGAUCUUCUAUGCUCAGUCUAAAAUCUCUAACACCAUGUUUUUGGGGCGUCUCCCACCAAGUGAUCUCUCCAUCGGGCUUUUGGUCUUCCCGGUUUGCGUGUACCACCGUGUUUGUCUUCAAAAGACUUCUUUGAUGGAGCUACUUCAUCCAUUCUGACAACAUUAACUAGCCAACGCAGCCGUUGUAUUUUGAAGCGUGUAAAUACGCUAUCGUCGUCAUACAGCUCGUGGUUCAUACAUCGCCUAUAUUCUCCAUUAACGCAAACUGGUCCAUAUAUUUUACGAAGAAUCUUUCUCUCAAACACUCCAAGUAUUGGCUCAUCUGCUUUCACAAGUGCUCAUGCUUCGCAGCCAUACAACAGCACGGAUAAAAUCGGUGUCUUGUAUAGUGUGAUCUUCGUCUGUCGAGAGGUGAUCUUGUUUCUAAACUGCUUACUUAGUCCAAAGUAGCAUCUGUUUGCAAGUA